AUGAAUAAAAAAGUAGCUUAUUAUUACCAUGAAGACAUAGGAAAUUUUAAUUUUGGUACAUAUCAUCCUAUGAAACCAUUUAGAUCAGUUAUGUUACAUUCACUAGUUUUGGCAUAUGAAUUAUAGGAUUAUAUGACAUUUUAUAAACCUGAUUCAUUAAGUAUAAAAGAAAUGACAAAAUUUCAUGCAGAAGAUUAUAUUCAUUUUUUAUCAGUAGUAGAAAAUAGUAAUAGAAAUUUAUAUGCAAGAUUAGCAAAUAGAUAUAAUAUAGAUUCAGAUUGUCCUAUAUUUGAUGGUAUGUUAGAUUAUUGCGCUAUAGCUAGUGGAGGAAGUGUAAGUGCAGCUAGAAAAUUAAAUUCUAAAUUAUAUGAUAUAGUAAUGAAUUGAAGUGGGGGAUUACAUCAUUCUAAAAGGGAAGAAGCAGCUGGAUUUUGUUAUGUUAAUGAUAUAAUUUUAGCUAUAUUAGAGUUAUUAAAAGUACAUAGAAAAGUAUUAUAUAUAGAUAUAGAUGUUCAUCAUGGAGAUGGAGUAGAAGAAGCAUUUUAUACUACUAAUAGAGUAUUUACAUUAUCAUUUCAUAAAUAUGGAAAUUUCUUUCCAGGAACAGGACAUAUAGAUGAUAUAGGAGUUGAAUUAGGUCAAGGAUAUGCUGCUAAUGUUCCAUUAGAAGAAGGAAUAACAGAUGAAAAUUAUUAGUAUAUUUUUAAACCUGUAAGUAAAAAAAUAAUAGAAGGAUAUAAACCAGAUGUUAUAGUAUUACAAUGUGGAGCAGAUUCAUUGUCGGGUGAUAGAUUAGGUUGUUUUAAUCUUAGUAUAAAUGGACAUUGUGAAGCUGUAGAAUAUAUUAAAAGUUUUGAUAUACCUUUAUUAGUAUUAGGAGGUGGAGGAUAUACAGUAAGAAAUGUAGCUAGAUGUUGA